AUGAAUACCAUCGCUAACAUAAUACAGGAGCUGCGUGACUAUUGGGCAGACCAUUUCUCACGCAGAUUUCUACCUAAGAGGCCUCCCCUUCGCCGAAUCAACUCCAUUUCCACUUUCUACCUCCUGGACUACAGAACCCGGCAGGCUGAACUGGGUUUGGAUUACGGUCCUCCGCGGGCUCAGCUGAGUGAUGCCAAGUUUGUCUUCCAGGAUGGCAAAUGGCAAGGUGAGAGUGGCCUCUCUCAUCGGCCACCACUGCUACAGUUAUUCUCCUCCCAUGACCGGGAGCAGUCCUGUAAGGUAAUGAAGAAGGAGAACAAGGCUCUCCUGGAGGAGAACAAUUACCUGAAGCUGCAGCUCGAGCUGCUGAUGGACAUGCUGACAGAAACCACAGCCAGACUGCACAUGGAGGAGAAAAAGAUGGACAUCCCCACAUGGCACACCAAGAUCAAGAAGCCAAAUAAGGUGUUGAUGCUUAAGUCCUAG